GCAUCCGGACUCAUAGCGACCCUGCAGGACCGAGUGGAACUGUAAUCUUUACGAAGCCUGUAAUCUUUACGAAAGUAGACAGCCUCCUAUUUCUUCCACAGAGUGGCUGUUAAACACGCUCCGUGAGAUGUUCAGAAUCACUUCCAGACAUCCCAACCUGUCUGUCUGCAGAAUGGACCUCAGCGCUGCAAACCACCGCAUACCUCUGAGCGAUGGAAACAGCAUUCCCAUCAUCGGGCUUGGUACCUACUCUGAUCCUAAGUUGACCAUGAAGGGGGCCUGUGCGGCAUCGGUGAAAGCCGCUAUCGACGUGGGCUACCGGCACAUCGAUGGGGCUUACCUCUACCAAAAUGAGCACGAGGUGGGGGAGGCCAUCAGGCAGAAGAUAGCAGAAGGAAAGGUGCGGAGGGAGGACAUUUUCUACUGCGGAAAGCUGUGGGCUACAAAGCAGGAGCCAGAGAUGGUCCGCCCAACCUUAGAGAAGACGCUCCAGGUCCUCCAGCUUGAUUACGUGGAUCUUUACAUCAUCGAAACACCCAUGGCUUUAAAGCCUGGAGAUGAACCCUAUCCUAAAGAUGAGAAUGGUAAAUGGUUGUAUCACAAGUCUAAUCUGUGUGCCACUUGGGAGGCUUUGGAAGCUUGCAAAGAUGCUGGCUUGGUGAAAUCCCUUGGUGUGUCCAACUUUAAUCGCAGGCAGCUGGAGCUCAUCCUGAACAAACCAGGACUCAAAUACAAGCCUGUUAGCAACCAGGUUGAGUGCCACCCAUAUUUCACCCAGCCAAAACUCCUGAAAUUUUGCCAAGAGCAUGACAUCACCAUUAUCGCAUACAGCCCUCUGGGGACGUCCAGGAACCCAUCCUGGGUAAACUUGUCUUCUCCACCUUUGCUAAAAGACGCGUAUUUGAACUCACUGAGGAAAAAGUACACUAAGACAGCAGCUCAAAUUGCCUUGCGUUUCAACAUCCAGCGAGGGGUGGCCGUCAUUCCUAAAAGCUUUAACCCCGAAAGGAUCAAAGAAAACUUCCAGGUCUUUGACUUUUCUCUCACUGAAGAAGAAAUGAAAAACAUUGAAGGCUUGAACAGAAAUGUGCGCUUUGUGGAGAUGCUCAUGUGGAGUGAUCAUCCCGAAUACCCGUUUCAUGAUGAAUAUUGAUUUCAGAGAGCUCCUGAACUGAUUUGUGUGCCAGGACCUUGGGCAGACAUGGAAAUAAAAGAGAUUUUACUAUUAUCUAAAGAACUGAUGACUGAAACACAUUUAUUGUUCAUUUAGUGUAAAUGACUUUCACUUAGCAAUGUUGAAGAAAACAAAUUUCAAUCUGCUGAAAUAAUUGUGAGGAAAUUAUAGUUAAUAUUUUAUUAGACAGUUGUUUUGGAGUUCCAGAAGCAAGAAAACGUUAGGCUUUAGAAAAGACUUCAAAAAUCAAUACAUGAAG